AUGCGGAGAUCGGCCGGCCGAAGAACCGGCCGGCAGCAGGCGAUCCUCGACGAUCUGGAUCCGGGCACCUGCAGCUCCAGUCCCAGCAGCGGAAGCGGGUUCAAGGAGUUGGACGACGCGAAGUUCGCGGGGGCGCACCGUAGCAGCUCCGCUACGAUGGCGCACUUGUCGACACCCGGUGCCGGUGAGACAAAACUGACGACCUUCGUCCGUUCUGAAGACGACGACGACGAGAGUGGAGUGCCUCCGACGGCCCAUUCUGCGACGGUGCCCGAUCAGAGACUGCCAAGCGCCGACAGAAAGGAGUUCGCCGUGUCGCGCACCCCUGCCCGACAGAGAACGUUGUCUGGGCGGUGGAGCGCCAACGCCUUGCGUAGUCCCGGAAACCGCCGCAGCAUAAGGACACUGGCCGAGGAAUCGUCCGAAAGCGAAGCGGAGGCCAUUGCAGAGCGCCACUCGAAAUGGGUCACAUUCGGGAAGCCGUGCGUCCUGCCGGCGGCGCUGAUGACAACCCCGCUUGAAAACGAACAAGGCGGCUGUUCUGAAAAGAGCGGCUCGUUAAAAGACACAGCGACGCCUUGUCUCGGGCUUGCCGACGACGGCGCCAGGGAAGGCUCAGAGCUGGAGCAGCUAAGCGAUGAACGCUCCGAGCCACUGCUGGACAUCAGUGACCUGAUCGAGGCUACAAGCGCGCAGUUGGAACGCGCUGGAAACAGCGAAAGCUGCUGGACGCCCCUAAACCUUGGCAAAGACCAACCGCGACAAGUGCCUUUAGAAGAAAAGGUGGCCGCCUGGGACCCCUGCCAAGAAGACAGCUAUGCUCUGUCGCCGCCCGGCGAACUCGAGCUAUUUGAACUUGACGUGUUCUAUCCGAGGCGCCCGGCACGACCUGCGGCGGCUACGCGUAGGAUUCGGACACGCAGUUCCGCGCACAGUUCUUCGCGCAUGUCGACGCCGGUUAGCCCGCAGCGGUUCAAGAAGCCACUGUCAGCAAGGCCGCCGGCUGCAAACAUGUACGAAGACCUGCGGUGGAUCGUUGAAUCGUCCGAAAAGUCGGCUGGACCAUCUUUCCCCGCAGAACGCGUUCCUUCCGCCGACGUUGACACGGCGAGCGCCCAACCGCAACCUUCGAUCAGUCCGACUCCUGCCGCAUCUGCCCAGUGGCACUCUCACGAAGCGUUCGCGCCCAUCGGAAAACCGCCAUCGGUCGUGCUGCGUGCGACAUCACCUUCGAACAGCCGUCCACGAAAUGAGGCGCAUCGGUCCACGGCGCUUCAUCUCGUGAAUAAAGAUAGCCCUGAGGAUGUACCUAGCGGAUUCCCUGGUCACGAGGGCAGCUCUCCAGCACCGCCACCACCCGACGGCUUUGGCAAGCGCAACCGCACGCCUGCCGUCGCUUCUCCCGUUGAAGCGACUCCUGGCCCGGUACGGUCGGGAACCCAGCAGGACGAAGCCAAGGAAGGCGUCGUGAGGAGCAGAGAACCGGCCGAGCAAGAACCUACGGCUCAGGAAGAAAAGCACCACCGCCACAGACGCGACAUGCGGCGCAGAAAGCUCAAGAAGCUCAAGAAGAAAGAGCGGGCGCUGUCCGCACGCUCGGCGCGCAGCGAGGCCUCUGCUGUGCUUUCACCGGUGCGGCACAGCGGUCGGUCCGAAGAGGCCACUCCUCGCGACAGGCCGCUCUCUGCUUCCAGCCGCCGUGGCGCCAACGUCGACGGAGAGUCCGGCAACACCGGCAACGAGGAGACGCACCUCGACAGCGGCACCGUCAGUAUACGCAUCAAAACGUCGAUGCCGACAAGGUCGAGCAUGGUGUGGCCCUUCGACACCUCACGCGAUACCUAG